AGUCCAGUAUGCUUACAGAACGCGAGUACAGGACCGUUCCAAAAGUAAUCAUCCUCAGACGAAACGGGGGUAUAGAAAGGGAGUUCCAAAAGUGUGCUACACAACAUGGGCUUGUCAUCUGUAUUCUGCGUGGCAGUGGUUGGGAUUGCACUGGUACUGGGUGAUACUAACAUACCAGCUGGGGCAGUGGAGUUUGAAGGAGAUGUACCUGUGUUUGGAGAGGCUCGAAAUGACACGCUUCUCAACAUUGACGAUACUAGGACAUAUGAAGACUGUGAUGACGUCAUGAAGAGAGGACAGUACAAGAAGCCUGGAGCGUAUCUCAUCUACCUCAACACGUCUGAACCAAUCACUGUAUAUUGUACAUUCGAGGAAGGUUCGGGCGGGUUUGUCAUCAUGCAACAAAAGUAUGGACACGUGUCAUUCGUUCAGAAUUACCAGCGGUACCUGUAUGGGUUCGGGUCGGCCCAUCUGGGUGACUUUUGGUUCGGGCUUAUAAAGACCAAAGCUCUCACUGACCACGGAUACAACAAGCUGACGGUGUGGAUGCAGGACUGUAAUAACAUCCUCAAGAAGGUGAUCUACAACUGGUUCUCACUGGGGCCCUUUUCGACCCACUUCAAACUCAACAUCCACUCCUUUGACCACUUGAACUCGAACCUUCCCGACGACUUCUCGUUCAACAACGGGAUGCCGUUUGCAACCUAUGACAAGCCGGACAUUAAUCACUGUGCCAUUCAUCAAAGAGGAGGUUGGUGGUACAACCGCUGUACCAAGACGCUGCCCACCGGCCGCUAUUACCAGAACUGCUGGUAUACGCCUCAGCGCGGGUUUUACGAUGGAAUAUACUAUGAGGCCUGGCGUGGGUACAGCUACUCGCUGAAAUACAUCAGGAUGGACCUUUCCAAGCACUAAUGAAACAGAUUCUUUCAGACACUUAUAAGGGAAUGGAGAUAAUGUCACAGAAUCCAACAUGUCAAGAAUUAUAAAAAAAUAUAUAUAAUCAAAAACUAUCCUGUUCACUGUUUUUGACAGCAACCAAUUGUAUCCAAACUUGUUAAAUCUGUGGUUUGCCGAAUGCUGGUGCUAAUGUUUAGUCAUUUAUUUUGUUAUGAAAGAGACAUAGAAGAUGAACUCCAUUUUAUAUGUGUGUGUAUCGAUGUUAUCUACAACUACAUAAAACUCAUAUGAAAUUAUUAAAUACAUAAAUUACUUGAAUCAUGUCA